AUGGAAGAAGGUAUGUCAAACAAUGAAAGUUCAAAUGGGGUUCUAGAUGAAGAAAGUCAAGAGGAUGAAAGAGACUUAUCUUAUUCUACUUUUUGUAAUCAAGAGGAGGGAAGAGACUUAUCCUAUGAUUCUUUUUGUAACCAAGAGGAGAGAGGAAAUAUAUCUGAUAAUUCUUCUUAUAAUCAAGAGGAGGAAAUAAAAUGUCAAAAGAACGAAGACCAUGAUGGUUGUGCGAAUGCUGGAAAUUACUUAGACGAUUGUAAUGAACCAAAGGGAGAUGUACGAGAUAAAGAAAAUGAUGCUGAUGGAGGACAAAACGAAGAAGAGGAAGAAGAAGAGGAAGAAGAGGAGGAAGAAGAAGAGGAAGAAGAGGAAGAGGAAGAAGAGGAAGAAGAAGAGGAUGAUGAUGACGAUGAUGAUGACGAUGAUGAUUAUGAUGAUGAUGAAUAUGACGAGGAUGACUUCAACGAGGCUACGGUUUCGUGGAUAGAAUGGUUUUGUCAACUGAAGCAGAAUGUUUUUCUUGUUGAAGUGGAUGAAGAUUUCAUAAGAGAUGAAUUUAACUUAAUAGGCUUGCAAACGAAAGUACCUCAUUUUAAAAAAUUGUUAAAAAUAAUAUUGGAUGAAGAUGAUGAUGAUGAUGACGAUGAUGAUGAGGAAGAUGAUUAUGAUGAAGAUGAUGAUGAAAUAAAUAGAGGUUCAGAUGAAUUAUAUAAAAAUAAAGAUAUAUAUGAACAGAAUGCUGCAUGUCUCUAUGGAUUGAUACACAGUCGUUUCAUUUUAACGUCGAAAGGAUUAGCACUGAUGAGAGAAAAAUAUAAAUCAAGUAUAUAUGGUACAUGUCCAAGUAUAUAUUGUGAUAAUGCAAAAUUAUUACCUACUGCCAUUUCAGAAGUCCCGAAAUUUUUAAGCCCACUCUUGUAUUGCCCACGAUGUUGUGAAACAUACUAUCCUCAUAAAAAUUCAUUACUUAAUGAAUUGGAUGGUUCCUAUUUUGGAACUAGUUUUGCAUCCUUUUUUGCACUUUCAUUUAAUAUUCAAUCAGAUAAGAAAAGAAUUUAUUACACACCACAAAUUUUCGGUUUUACAAUUAAUAGAGAUAUAAGGGAAAAUUUGUUCUUAGACAUGAACAAAGAAAAUACAGAAUCGUUAGAGGAAUAUUCGUAG